AUGAACGACCUGUCUAACCGGUUUCAUAUGCUUUGUGUCAGUUUGGCCCAGAAUCCUGAAAUGCUGAGGAUUAAAGCCAAAACCCAUGUCACUUGUGAAGAAAAUCACCCACUUAAGUGUGCCCUCGACGACCCUGCUCGCCGGCGGUCCGCGGCUCCGAGCCCACGUCCCACGGCCUGCGAGGCACUAGUGCGUCGGAGGAGCAGCGGUGCUGGCAUCACCUGGGGCUUGUUAGGAACGCAGAAUCCUGGGCUCCACCCAGACCUGCCUUUCAAUGAGAUCCCAAAGUUGGCGUUGCUAUUAGGAGAGCUGCACAUCCCACACCGGUGCAACAGUCUGCCAGCUAAAUUAAAAAAACUGCUGGUACCAGGAAAGAUUCAGCACAUUCUCCGCACUGGAAACCUUUGUACCAAAGAGAGUUAUGACUAUCUCCAGACUCUGGCUGGUGAUGUUCAUACUGUGAGAGGAGACUUCGAUGCGAAUCUGAAUUAUCCAGAACAGAAAGUUGUAACUGUUGGGCAGUUCAACAUUGGUUUGAUCCAUGGACAUGAAGUUAUUCCACGGGGAGAUGUGGCCAGCUUAGCCCUGCUGCAGAGGCAGUUUGAUGUGGAUAUCCUUAUUUCAGGACACACACAUAAAUUUGAAGCAUCUGAGCAUGAAAAUAAAUUCUACAUUAAUCCAGAUUCUGCCACUGGAGCAUAUAAGGCCUUGGAAACGAACAUUAUUCCUUCAUUUGUGUUGAUGGAUAUCCAGGCUUCUACAGUUGUCGCUUACGUGUAUCAGCUAAUUGGAGACGACGUGAAAGUAGAACAAAUCGAAUACAGCAAAUCUUAA